AUGAACCACGCGCCGCUACGGCCUCACACGAUGUUCGGCGCCGUGGCAGACGCGCUGGCGAGCAUGUCCUCGCAGACGGCGAUGCUGCUGCUCGCCGCCACCGUCGCCCCGGCCGUGGUGGCCGUGACGCUCCUCGUGAGCGCAAACAAGGACGCCGUGAAGGCGCCCCGCGUGAUGACGACGCUGGCCUCACUCCCGUGGCCGGUCGGCAGCGCUGUUGCGCUCGGGGUUGGAAACGUCGCGUUCGUCGCCGAGUGCGCGCGGCACGCCUGCUCGUGCUUCUCGCUGGUGGUGUUUGGGAAGAACUUCACCUUCAUGACCUCCAAGCGCGCGGUGAGCCUCUUCUUCACGUCGCGGAACGUGACGUUCCUGCCUGCGGUCGAGCAGUGGACGUCGCGCAUCUUCCGGCUGCCGGCGACGGAGUUCCGCCGCCAUCACCAAGACAUCCUCUCGGCUCUUCGACAGGCCAUCGACCCGCGAGAAAACGCGGAGCACAUGGCCUCCACGUGCCGGAACAUCCUGUCGCGCGUCGGUGUCGCACCUGGAGAGACCCGGACGGACCUGGUCGAGCUCUGCCACGGCCUGGCGUUCGAAGCAGGUGUUCGAGCCGUCUUCGGAGACGCCAUGUUCGAGGCCACCCGUCCACGGCUGCGUGAAUGCUUCGAGACGUUCGAGGACCAGUUCGAGCUAGCAGCGUCGCCCCUGCCGCACGCCCUGCUCCGCAAUUGGAGUGCCUCCCGCAAGGAGUUGCUUUGCAUGCUCGAAGAGGGGUACUCCAAGGGCUGGAUGGAGGGGUCCAUGGCGGCGAGGUUGGUCGACACGAGCCACAUACCACGUCCACACUACAGCAAUGUCCUGCUCAGCCUGUUGUGGGCCAGCCAGGCGAACACGGCGCCCGGACUUUUCUGGACGACGGCAUUCCUGCUCCUCCCAGAGAACGAGAAGCACCUGAGGAGGGUCCUGGCGGAGGCACGUGAUGCCGCUGCUCGCGGCAGCGGGGACGUCGUCGAAGGCUGUGUGCAAGUUGCACUCGACGGCGCGGCGCACAUUCACAGGUGUGUUGCCGAAGCACUGAGGCUGCGGUCUCCAGGGAUCGCAGUGAGGUUCGCAUCCAUGGACGUCGAAGUUGACGAUCGGCCGAGCGCGUGCACGCGCAUCCCGCGUGGCAGAACGUUGGCGAUCUGUCCCUUUUACCUGCAACAUCAUCCCGAGUUUCAGGCUGGAGAGCCAUGGCGGUACGACCCGGACAGGGUGGGCCUCUGCGACGGGUUGGCAGGCUUUGCGAAAGGCCAGGUGUCUGGCGUCGUGUGGGGGGGCGGUGUGUACCGCUGCCCGGGGCGACGAUUAGCGGAGACGGAGCUGGCGUUGCUCUCGACGAUGAUCCUCACAAGGUUCGAGGCGACGGUCGCUCGAGCUCCACGGACCCGCGGUGCGAGCCAGGACCAGUCUUUCGCGCGGCGACUGGCUGCACGGGUUUCAAAAUUCCUCGGAUGGCGCGCUCUAGGCGUCGGCCUGCCGGACAUCGUCGACACCGUCAUCGGGAUGGACAUCCAAGAUGGAGAUCGUGCAGCAACGCAGCAAAAAAUGUGGAAGGGCGACACAGGGGAUCCGAACGGGGUCCUGCCACCAUACGUGCCGCACAAGCUGGUCGGGAUCAGAAUCCCUUUCGAAAGCUGCCCGGUGGUGCUGAGCAGGCGUGUGCAGUGA